AUGCAUCUCUUUUACUUCAAGACUUUUCACCCAUUGGCUCUGGUUCUGUUUCUGGCAUUUAGUAGUGCUGUUCAGUACGAUGGAGAAGGACAGAAUGGACAAUGUGAAAACAAGAAGUCUUUGGAUCCCAGACCUCACAGCGUGUCACUCUUGGAGUUUGGGGCAGUUGGAGAUGGGAAAACAUUGAACACGGUAGCCUUUCAAAAUGCUAUUUUCUAUGUCAAGUCAUUUGCUGACAAGGGUGGUGCUCAGCUCUAUGUUCCGCCUGGCAGCUGGCUUACUGGAAGUUUUAACCUUACCAGCCACCUCACACUCUUCCUGGAAGCAGGUGCCAUCAUUCUUGGAUCCCAGGAUUACACUCACUGGGAUAUUGUGAAACCUCUACCUUCUUAUGGUCGAGGGAUUGACUUGCCUGGUUGGAGAUAUCGUAGCUUGAUCAACGGACACAAUUUAAGUGAUGUGGUGAUAACAGGUGAUAAUGGAACCAUUGAUGGACAAGGUUCUGUCUGGUGGGAGCAAUUUAGCUCUCAUGCCUUGAAUUACAGCCGACCACAUCUAGUGGAAUUCACCGGGUGUGAUAAUGUCACUAUAUCAAAUUUAACCCUCUUGAACUCCCCCGCUUGGAACAUUCAUCCGGCGUACUGCAGGUAUGUGCAAGUUCUGAACAUAACUGUUCAUGUUUCUCCUGCAUCUCCAUAUACUAGUGGUAUAGUCCCAGUUAUUUAUUUAGAGAUUCAGCCCCUCAUUGAUGAGAAAUGUAUAGAUUCUUCAGAGAAUGUUUGCAUUGAGAACUGCAACAUUAGUAUGGGUCAUGAUGCAAUUGCUCUUAAGAGCGGUUGGGAUGAGUAUGGAAUUGCCUAUGGCAAACCCACCAAAAAUGUGCAUAUCCGGGGUGUUAACCUUCAAUCCACUUUAGGCGCUGGCCUGGCAUUUGGCAGUGAGAUGUCUGGAGGCAUAUCGAACAUACUUGUAGAGCAGCUUCAUCUACGUAACUCAUUCAUUGGCAUUGCACUCAAGACAACUAGGGGAAGAGGAGGUUAUAUGAAGGACAUAAUUAUAUCCAAUGUCGAAAUGGAAAAUAUUCACUUGGCAAUGGAGGCUACAGGUCAGAGUGGCUCACACCCUGAUGAAAAAUUUGAUCCUGAUGAACUGCCAUUUGUUAAAGGAGUCACCUUUGAGAAUAUGGUCGGCACUAAUAUCACUUUUGCUGGGAAUUUUUCUGGACUCGACAAAUCGCCUUUCACAUCUAUCUGUCUCUCAAAUAUCUCAUUCUCCAUCACUUGGAAUUCUUCUACCUCAUGGUUCUGUUCCAAUGUGAUGGGUUUUUCAAAGGAGGUGUCUCCUAAACCAUGUUCAAACCUCCAGGACUCAACUUUUAACUCUUCCGCAGCUUGCUUCCUUUCCUUAUACCCAUUCAACUAUGCUACAGUUUUGUGA